AACCAGGAAGUUAUUUGGAGCUGCUGAUGCUGGUACAAGUACGAUGAGAGCAGUCCGAGAUCACCACCUCUCAAACUUCCCCUGAAGCUUUAGAGUAGUCACUGUUUGCUGUAUCCAACAUGUACACACGUGUCGGAGCGUGGCUUCCUCCCCUGCUUCUGCUCUCUCUGGCUCUCCCUGCUUUAACAAGAAGAGAGAGGAGAAAUGUCCUUCUCAUCAUGGCAGAUGAUUUGCGGACAUCACUGGGCUGCUACGGUGACUCUGUGGUAAAAUCCCCCAACAUUGACCAACUGGCAUCCAAAAGCCAAGUGUUCCUCAAUGCGUAUGCACAGCAAGCUGUGUGUGCUCCCAGCCGGACGUCUAUGUUGACAAGUCGCAGACCUGACACGACCAGGCUCUACGACUUCAACUCCUACUGGAGAGUUCACUCUGGAAACUACACGACGAUGCCUCAAUACUUCAAAUCUGAGGGAUAUAACACCAUGUCUGUGGGCAAGGUGUUUCAUCCAGGUAUUGCCUCCAACCACACUGAUGACUACCCAUACAGCUGGUCCACGCCUGCCUUCCACCCAGCUUCAUUUAGAUACGAGAAAGAAAAGAUGUGCAAAGGAGAAGAUGGUGAACUCCACACCAACUUACUUUGUGCAGUGAACGUAACAGAACAGCCGGGGGGAACCUUGCCCGACCUGGAGAGCACGGACGAAGCAGUGAGGUUACUGAAGAGCCAGGCCAACGAUGACGCUCCUUUCUUCUUAGCUGUGGGCUUUCACAAACCACACAUACCUUUCAGGAUACCACAGGAGUUCAUUAGUCUGUAUCCUUUAGACCAAAUGAGGUUGGCCCCUGAUCCCAGUGUCCCUAAGCUCCUUCCAUCUGUGGCCUACAACCCCUGGUCGGACGUGAGAAAGAGAGACGAUGUUCAAAAACUCAACAUUAGCUUCCCCUAUGGUCCGAUCCCCAAGGACUUCCAGCUUCGUAUCCGUCAGCAUUAUUAUGCUGCGGUGUCUUACAUGGACGCUCAAGUUGGGCGGCUGCUCAGCACUCUUGAUGAGCUGAGGCUGGCUGACAGCACUAUGGUGGUGUUUACUUCAGAUCAUGGUUGGUCUUUGGGGGAACAUGGUGAAUGGGCUAAAUAUUCAAACUUUGAUGUGACCACACGCGUCCCUCUUGUGUACUACGUUCCUGGCAUCACAACAAUCCGUGAUUGGCUGGGGCAGCCUACCUUUCCUUUUAUUGAUGUCUUCAGCCAAUCAAAGUUCAACUUCACGACUAACAAAGUUAUAAGAAAUGUAGUGGAACUGGUGGAUGUAUUUCCCACCACUUCGUACCUGGCUGGCCUCAGAGCACCUGAACCGUGUCCUGAUAUUUCUUUCCAGGAGGAACUGUGUACAGAAGGAGACAACCUUGCCUACACCUUCAGACACAGAGAGAGAGGAGAGAAUGAGGAGGACAUAUCUUUUAGCCAGUACCCCCGGCCUGCUGAUACACCACAGGUGAACUCUGACCUCCCAGAUCUUAAAGACAUAAAGGUCAUGGGGUAUUCUCUGCGCUCCUGGGACUAUCGGUACACCUUGUGGUUGGGAUUCAACCCUCAAACAUUUCAGGUUAAUGUUUCUGAUGUCCACGCUGGAGAGUUGUACAUGCUGGCAGAUGACCCUGGUCAGGAUGAGAACAUCUACAGUGACUCAGACCACAGCGUGAUCCAAAGAAAGAUGGACAGAAUACCUCAUGUGAGUACGUUGAAUCUACAGACGAGGAUGAAGCUUCAGCUCCUCUACCUCACAGCAGGAAUGAAGACUCGUAGAAACACGGUGUGAUGAUGAUGAAACACGGCAGAUGGAUGAACAGAGAUGAGAACAAAGGGAAGAUGGAUUGACAUCUAAAUCUAAGACUAAAGGGACACAAAUAAUAUAUUGUAUGAAAUAAUGCACACUUGAUUCUGUGUUAUGUUCUAUCACUCUUAUUCUUCAUUGUUGAACUCUUUAGGAUGUUGUGUCCUGUGAAGAACAGAGUUCAGAUCAGAGCACCUGGGCUGUUUUCUACCUUCGAAAAGUUUGUAGUUUUAAUAAAUAAAGACAAAAACAUCAAACGAG